ACCACGUGCAUAGAUGCAUCAAAGUUCGUAGAAAAUCAGAAAGAUGGGAAAAAAGAACUUCUAAAAACAAAGUUUUAUAGUCCUAUAAAUUCUAUUUUCUUUAUCUAUACGCCUACUCAAUCAGAUCAAAGAGAGAUCAAUUUAGUGAAAGUUCAUUGACACUCCACUUCUCGGCGAAGGAUCCAAUGGAUAUAUAAAAAUACAGCACCAAUCUUUUAAUUUCUCUUUACACAUAACCUCACUUUGAAACAGUCUCUCCUCUCUCUUUCUCUUUGUGAUUUUGAUCACCAUAAUUAUAGCCAAACAAGCUUCAGAGAUAUGGUCUUUUGAUGGUUCUCUUUUUCUCUACUACUCUUUUUAUUAUCUCCUUCUUUGAUCUUCUUUUUCUUUCCUUGUUGCAUAUAUAUUAUUGUGAUGUAUUCUGGAUUCAACCAGAUCUCUUUCCUAAACAUGUCGGGUUCGAAUACAUUUUUGGUCAAAGAUGAGAAGAAAUAUAUUGAAUCCGACGUUUUGAAAGCGCCGAAAAUGGAAUUGAAAGAUGGUAGCUGUGGGAGUACCACUGCACUUUCUUGUGAAGAACGACGUCGUUUGAUACCCCUUUCGACUGAAGGAGAAUUUAAGGUAAAGGAAGAUAAUGACAAUGACGAUGAUGAUGAUGAUGAUGAUGGAUUCAAGACUCCAACUUCUUUGGAUCACAAAAUCCCGGAGACCAAACAAUGUCCGCUAGCUCCUAGAAAACCCAAAACUCUCCCACCGCCGAGAAAAAGAAAGCUAUCUCCUAGUAUUCGAGAAGAUUUUUCGGAAGAAGUUGAAUCAAUCUUCUCCCCGCUUCUUCUUUCUGAUCUGCACAGCAAGAAUAAGAAAGCUCGACGAGACGAGGUCGAGUAGGCUUCAUAUAUCAUUCAUAUACUUGUUUUUUUUUUUUUUUUUGAAAUAAAUUUUAUCUAGUAAGACUGUAAUUGUAUAUGUGAAAUUAUUAAGCGCAGAGCUUAUUACCAAGCUAUAUGUAAUAAUAUAUAUGGUGAUCAAGUUCUAUUUGUGAUCAUUAUUA